GGCCUCGCAUGGCACACAGAGGAGACCACUCUCAGACAGAAGUUCGAAGAGUUUGGAGUGGUGGAAGAAGCAGUUGUGGUUAAGGACCGCGACACAGGCCGCAGCAGGGGUUUCGGCUUCGUUCGGUACACCAACGAAGAAGAUGCCCAGAAAGCCAUCUCGGCAAUGAAUAACGUUGAAUUUGACGGACGACAGAUCCGCGUCGACAAGGCCUCAGAUACUGGUCCAAGGAGCGGUGGGCGGGGGGGAGGUGCUCCGAUGAGCUAUGGCCGAGGAGGUGGUUUCGCUGCCAUGCCAGUUGCAGGUUCCGCGAUGCCAGGGAUUGCAUAUGGCGCGCCCCAGCAGGCAUACGGACUACCGCCGAAUAUGUACGCUCAACCGUAUGGACGAGGUUAUGCGCCGGCGGCCCCGACCGGAUACGCUGUCCCUCCGCAAGGUAAAUAG